AUGUGAAACCCUCUGACUACGUAAACUUUAGUCAGUCCAAAGCUUUGUUGUAACGUUAGGUAAACUCUACUUGGCUUUAAUCAUGCCCCACUCCAUGUGACUUCCCUCCAACCUUACAUAAAUAAUUUCCAUUUCCUUGUUACCUGCAUGCCAAGUACAAGCACAGCCUUUCCUGUUACACAGUAUUAUAAUACUGUUUGCAAAGCCCAAUUACAAAUAAUACAUGUUUUGUGUCUUGUUGUGGGUCUUCGUGGGACUCGGUCAGUUGCAGAAGCACCAGAAAUAGUAGUGGCAGAGAGUUUUUGUUUUCCUGAAAAUUCCAAUCCAUUCUGUACUGGGUGUUUGUAGUUAGCUUGUACAUUCAUGGGGAGCUAGCAAAAGCCAAGAGCUCAGGAAUGAAUGAGGGAGCUAUGAAUAACAAUCAAAGGGCUUCCAGAGAUUCUGCUUACCUUAUGCAGCAGAACAACUUGCUGCUGCACAGGAGAGGGCGUAGUCUGGGAAGUGUAGUAAGGGACAGAGAGAAAGAGAGGGAUGAUGAUCUGGCAUUGUUUCAUGAGAUGCGCAAGCGUGAGAAGGAGCGCAAUAAUAUACUCUUCCUCACUGCUCACUCUGAUGACUUGGAAUCAUCCCCCAUUGCUGCAACCAAAUCCGGCGGCUCGCCGGUCUAUAAAAUGCCAGAAUCACCAGUCAGGAAAACAGUGGCUGAUGACUUGCUAAAUGCAGAUGGAGGCAAAAAUGACUAUGACUGGCUUCUCACACCGCCUGGAACCCCUGUGUUUCCCUCAUUGGAAAAAGAGAUGCCAGCCUUAGUCACUGGUCCACGAGGAACUUCAACAGUCCGUGCACUACCUGCUUUGAAGCCUUCCAGACUCAUGAAUCAUCAGAUGGAAGCAACAUCCAUGUCUGCAAGGAGUAGUUUGAUUUCACGACAGACUACUACCUCUUCUGGGUCAAACAAUUCUAUGAAUACAAAUAUUAAGAGGUCAUCAAUGUCCACAGGCAUGGGUCAUGUUCCAUCUCGUCCAUCUACUCCCACCUCAAGGUCGACAGUGUCUGCACCAAAGUCCAUGAUGCCUACAUCACGGUCUGGAGCAACUGCAUCAAGACCAUCUACACCUACAUCGAGAACUAUGGUUCCUGCAUCAAGAUCUGCAGGGACUGUAUCAAGGCCUUCAACCCCUACAGCAAGGCCUACUUUGCCAGCCUCAAGGUCUACAGUUCCUGUAUCAAGAUCUACAGUUCCUGCAUCAAGACCAUCAUCAAGACCAUCCACACCGACAAGGCGACCUUCCACUCCUUCCUCAAGUCAAAUUAGUACUAUGCCACCAGGCCGCUCUUCAUCGGUGAGUAAGGCGGCCUCAAUACCUUCUAGAAAUUCAGCACCUUCACGAGGAAGCUCUCCUUCUGUAAAAUCUCGACCUUGUCCUCCUUCAUCUAUGCCUGAUUUUUCACUUGAUGUGCCUCCAAAUUUGAGGACAACCAUGCCGGAGCGACCAAUUUCAGCCACAAGAGGCAGACCUGGAGCUCCCAGUGCUGCAAGAUCUACUAAUGAAGCAUCUAAUGCUAGUGGCAGGCCCCGAAGACAGUCUUGUUCUCCAAGUAUCACAAGAGGAAGAAUCUCAAGUGAAAUGCAUGGCAGUGACCGAUCUAGUGUGCAGUCCAGCAAACCGCAUCGUAAUGGAAAUGACAUCAUGAUCCCUGGCCUACUUGGUAGCAAGAUGGUUGAUAAGGUAAUCAGUGCGAGAAAAGCUGCUCCACGGCAGGAAGAUCAAUUAUCCACAAGAUCUACUACAUCCACUAUGCAUUCCAAACGACCAGUAAAGCCUGCAUCAUCUCCAGAUAGUACAGGUUUUGGGCGGACUCUUUCUAAGAAAUCCUUGGAUAUGGCUUUGAGACACAUGGAUAUACGUCGAAGUACACCCAGUAGCUUGCGGCCUCUCAUGACCAAUAUUCCAACAUCAUCUCUGUACAGUGUCAGAUCAGGAGUUGCUAGAAGCAGGCCAGCUAGUAUUUCUGACUCUCCAGUAGCAACAAGCAGCAAUGCUAGUUCAGAACAUAGUGUAAGCAUUGCUCUAGGCCUAGGGAGUGAAUUGGAUGAUGAUGAUUUUGGAAGUGAGAGAGGAAGCAGAAUCUCCCCGGCAAGUCAGCAAGGUAGCAUUCAUUCAAAGGGAAACUUGGCAAGCACAAAUUGGCUGCACAGCCCAGGAUUUAGAGAUGAUAAGUAUGAUCAUGACUUUUUAUACAAUCAAGAAUUAGGAGAAUUGUCUGAGCCGUCAGAAGGUUUUGUAACUUCAAGAAGUGUGGCUGCAGACUGUGAAAGUAAACUAAGAUUACAAUAUUGACAUAUUAAUGGAUGUAAUUGUUGUAAUAGGGCAAGUCAGCCUUGAUAUUGUCAUUGCAGCUGGAGCUUGCUGGAGUGAAGGUAUUGGUGACUCGAAAGGAGACAGUUGUAUCAGUACAAAUUGUUUAGAGAUUUAUCAUUUGCACCACUUACUGCACUUUUGGAAAAAACAUAACGUAGAAGUGGUCUGCUUUUUUCAAUUUUUUGCUGAAUUCAAUGCUGAGAGGAUCAAGUCUGUAUCAUUAGUAUUAAAUGCCAGGAAUGUAUAAUGUUGGACGCUUUCUGAAAAUCAAUUAAGUCUUUAAUGUGCAAACCUUGUGUUGGAGAAUA